AUGAAUUCUGGUCGAGAGUUCAAAGUAGUAAUGGUUGGUGAUUCUGGCGUUGGCAAGACAUCACUUAUUGAAAAGUUUUAUACUGGUGGCUUUAAUGAGAAUCAAUCAACAACGAUUGGUUCUGCAUAUGUUAAAGCUCAUGUAAAUUUAGAUUCAGAUACAGAUUGCACUGUAAAUAUAUGGGAUACUGCAGGUCAGGAGAAGUUCCAAAGUCUUGUUCCUGUUUAUCUUAGAAAUGCUGACGGAAUUAUUUUUGUACUUGACCUUACAUCUGAAAUUGCACUUCAAACCACAGAUUCUUUAUACCAUGCAUUAUCAGAUCAAAUACUAGAAGGAAUGCAGCUUCUUUUAGUUGGAAAUAAAUAUGAUCUUGUUACAACUAAUUUAGAUAUAGAACCAUUUAAGCGUUGGGCAGAAGACCAUAAAACAAUUUUUGUUACAUCAUCCGCAAAAACGGGAGACGGAGUAACAGAAUUAUUUUAUGAAAUCACACGAAGAAUUUACAAUUCUCCUGCUGAACCAAUAUCCAGGAGGACUGUUAAUCAAAUUGUUGGUCUUCAAGAUGAUAGCCAAAAGGCUAAAAAAGACAAACAAGGAUGUUGUUAA